UCUGGAUUGGCGUCUGCUGUCCACUUCAGCGCAGCGUGGCGAGACGCGGAGCAACCAAACUCCGCACAGCAGAGGGGACUAGCCGGAGCGGGGAGAAAAAACAGCAUGGCGGCGGCGGCGGCGGCGAGGAAGAGCGUGUGCGUGACCGGCGCAGGGGGCUUCGUCGCCUCGUGGCUCGUCAAGCUCCUCCUCUCUAAGGGCCACUACGCGGUCCGCGGCACCGUGCGCGAUCCCGGUAAUGCUAAGAAUGCUCACCUUAAGGCGCUAGAAGGUGCUGGGGAAAGGUUGGAGCUGCUCAGCGCCGACCUGCUGAACUACGACAGCAUUGCGUCAGCGGUUGCUGGCUGUGAGGGCGUCUUUCAUGUUGCUAGCCCUGUCCCUUCUGGCAGAUCAACCAAUCCUGAGGAAGAAGUUAUAGCCCCUGCUGUAACAGGCACACUGAAUGUCUUGAAGGCUUGCUACGAGGCGAAAGUUAAGCGAGUUGUCAUGGUGUCUUCAGUUGCUGCUGUGUCCAAUAAUCCUAACUGGCCUAAGGAUAAAUUAUUUGAUGAAGAUAGCUGGUCAGACGAGGAUCUCUGCAGAAAGGGUGAGGAUUGGUAUUUCCUUUCCAAAACACUCGCAGAGCGUGAGGCUUUUGCUUAUGCAGCAAAAACUGGGCUGGAUAUUGUAACUAUUUGCCCGUCGUUGGUAAUUGGCCCCUUGAUGCAGUCUACAGUAAAUACAAGCAGUAACAUUCUCCUUAAUUACCUCAAAGGAGAACGUGAUACUGUAGAAAAUAAACUCAGGAAUGUAGUGGAUGUCCGUGAUGUUGCCGAUGCUCUUCUAUUGGCAUAUGAAAAUCCAGAGGCGUCUGGACGGUACAUCUGCAGUUCAAAACCAGUAAAAGUCUCUGAUAUGAUAAGCGUACUGAAGACCUUAUAUCCAAUGUACACUUAUCCCAAAAACUUUACGGAAGUGGAAGAAAAUACCAUUUAUAGUUCAGAGAAACUUCAGAAGCUAGGGUGGACCUUCAGGCCUUUAGAGAAGACCCUGGGGGACAGCGUGGAAUCCUACAAAGCAUCUGGCGUCCUGAACUGAGCAUCCAACCAGGGAAAGUUUGGCUGUUAAUGCUUGCAAACUCCUUGUGGUUCAUGUAAGCAGUGAAACAAAAUAAGUUGGUGACACAAUCGUCACGAGAGUCUGUGUGAACAUGAACAAAGCAUGAAUCGUAUGCGCGCCUUUCUUUUGGUGUGUCUUGACUUGAGGUGUAUGCGCACCUUUCUUUUGGUGUGUCUUGACUUGAGGUGUUUCGAGGCAUAGUGGAAUGUCCUGGUGGUUCUA